ACUCGAUCGUGAAGCGUGGUUAUUGUUGGACAGGAGCUGCAGGUUCGGUUCGGGGAAAUAUGCUGCCUAUUGUUGUUGUUUUUACUAUUGUGUUUGCGAGAUGGCUUGCCAUGCAGAGAAAUCACAUUUAUACGCUCCGACGUCGUAGAAGACAAGAUUAUUUUUCAUGCAUACAAAUGCUGAUGUUAUGCACGGAGGAAAGGCAUCUAACUACACCCCAAAGGCUCUUUUAAGAGCCCUAGCACAUAGCGACUUUGUCUUUUAGAUUUUUACAUCGUUUUCAAGUGCCUCCUCCAUUGAGAUUAUUUUCUUACCAUCUUUUACUUCAAGUAUGUAUGUCAUCGUUGAAUUCACGGAGGAGUCGACGGUUGGCAUUGUAGCCCAGUGCUGGACACACAGGGAAAAUGGGCAACAAUACAGCUACUGGCCACCUACAAACCCCACUAAAAGGGCAAAAAAAGAAGACAUUCCUGAUGAAAAAAAUUGGAUUUCCAAGAAAAUCCGCGUAUUGGCAAAUACUGACAAUUUUGCAAAGGCCCUCAAGUGGUGCAAAGCAGCAGAAUAUCAUUCUGCUGUGGAGAGUGAUGUUGACACCUACAGGAAAAGGCCACAAAAAAAACCUGCCCGUUAUGAUGACAGCAGCGAUGAUGAGACACCACUGAGGGCGACCCCAAGAAAAAGAAAGCAUCAAGAUGGACCAUUUCCUAAAAAAAACCUAAAGAAAAGGCCAGACAAAGCAACAGAGGCUACACUUCCCAUCCCACCCCAACAUAAACCAAAUCUUGAUGAAUCACCCAUAUUUCAUUCUGUGUCUGUGGCAGAAUAUAUUACUGAAGAGGAGAGACAAACAUCUGCAAGGGCUGACCACACGAAGACCCAACGACCCAAUGACCCAACGAAGAGUGAGCUUAAAGAAACACUGGAGGUUCUGCUACGAAAAGUAGACAGCCUGGCAGCCACCCAGAGAGAAAUACUCAUCCUACUGAGGAAACGCCAGGGUCAUCAGAGAGCGGAAGACAUCCUGGAGCUCAAUAUUGCUCAAAACAAAGAGGAGCUUGAGGCCCUUGACCACCGUCUUAAAGACUUGGAUUUCAGAAAGAGAGUGAUUCACCAUCUCAGCCUUAUUGGUGGGGCAAAUCCAGGGGAUUGUGUGAGGAGAUUGAUGCGGGCAGUAGCAACAAACAUCGUGUGGAGCCACUUCAGUUUGAAGGGGAAAAGGGAGAAAUUGCCUCUGAUUGACACAACUCUGUGUAAAGUCAUCAAACAUGCUGUUAUGAAAUGCAAGUCUGAUCUGGGAGAGAAGGACGUAGAGUGCUACAUUGCAGAGACACUGAAACAUGUGCCAGCCCAACUGAAAAAACAUGUUCAGGAUCGACUGCCAGUAGGCCCUGCAGAAUUGGAGUAGUUCGCUUGUUCUGCAUUCCUCUACAUUCCCCUUCUUUGUUCAAACGAAUUAUAAUUGUGUUAUAAUUAAUUAAAAUGUUAUUGUGUACUGUUGUUUUCGAAAUAAAUUAGC